AUGUGUCAGAGGAGGUUUACAACCAAAAGUAAUAUAAUCCGGCAUAUUACGAAAUCGCAUUCCAUUGAAAAGAAAACACCUCAAAAAGUCAAUCAUCGUAACAGCAAAAUCAAAGGAAAUACUCGAAACAAAGAUGGCCUAUUUAAUUGUGGUAUUUGUUUGAAAACGUUUUCAUUAAAAUCAAGCCUGAGAAGACAUUGGCGCGUUCAUACCGGGGAGAAACCCUUUAAAUGCGAUAUCUGUGAAAAAACAUUUGGUAGACAACAUCAGCUCAAGAUUCAUAAACGCACACAUACCGUCGAAAAACCGUUUAAAUGCGAUAUAUCUCACCUCAAAACUCAUGAACGCAUACACACCGCCGAGAAACCUUUUAAGUGCGAUGUCUGUGAAAAAACAUUCAGUCAUCAAUCUGCUCUCAAGAGACAUGCACGUAUUCAUACCGGCGAGAAACCUCAACAAACUCAUCUCAAGAACCAUGCACGUAUUCAUACCGAAGAGAAACCCUUUAAAUGCGAUGUCUGUGAAAAAUGUUUUAAUAUACAAUCUAACCUCAAAGUUCAUGAAAGAACACAUACCGUUCAUGAAAGAACACAUACCGGCGAGAAACCAUUUAAAUGCGAUGUCUGUGAAAAAUCAUUCAGUUUAAAGUCCUAUCUCAUAAUUCAUGAACGCAUACAUAUUGGUGGGGUACGAUACAAAUGCUCAGCCUGUGACAAAUCAUAUGGUUGCCAAGAUACUCUCAAAAGGCAUCAAGCAAAAGCACACGGCUCAUAG